AUGAAGGUUCUAAUUUUAGCAGCCCUCAUGGCAUCCAGCGCCUGUGCUGGUUUACUCUCUGCACCACUAGGGUUAGGCUAUGCUAGGCCUUACGGCUUAGCUGCACCCCUCGCAGCUCCUAUAGCAAUCGCCAGGCCUGCUUUAGCCCCGUACGCAGUGGCUAGGCCUGCAUUAGCGCCAUACGCAGUAGCCAAAGUUGCAGCUCCUGUCGAAGAUUACGACCCAAAUCCCCAAUAUUCAUACGCCUACGAUAUUCAAGACGCAUUGACCGGUGAUUCCAAAAACCAACAGGAAACUCGUUCCGGGGACGUAGUACAAGGUUCAUACUCCCUUGUUGAGCCAGAUGGUACACGUCGUAUCGUGGAGUACACCGCUGACCCCCACAAUGGUUUCAAUGCAGUUGUUCACAAAGAACCACUUGGCGGAGUCGUGAAAGCAGUUGCACCAGUCGCUGCUAUACAU